AUGUUGGAAAUGGAGAAGGAUUUUGAUUCCAAGGUCAAGAUUCAACGGACUUCUUCCUCUUCCAAUGGUGCUGGGGUUGUUCAGAGAUCCAAAAGCUUCGUUUUUAGGGCUCCUCAGGAGAAUUACACCAUUCAGGACUUUGAAUUGGGCAAGAUCUAUGGUGUUGGCUCUUAUUCUAAGAUCUAUGGUGUUGGCUCUUAUUCUAAGGUUGUGAGGGCAAAGAAGAAAGACACAGGUGUUGUGUAUGCAUUGAAGAUCAUGGACAAAAAAUUUAUUACCAAAGAGAACAAAACUGCAUAUGUGAAGUUGGAACGCAUAGUGUUAGAUCAAUUGGAUCAUCCUGGCAUUGUGCGGCUAUAUUUCACAUUUCAAGACUCAUUUUCUCUAUACAUGGCACUUGAAUCCUGUGAAGGUGGAGAACUCUUUGAUCAAAUUACCAGGAAAGGCCGUCUAACUGAGGAGGAAGCACGGUUCUAUGCAGCUGAAGUUGUUGAUGCUCUUGAAUACAUACAUGGUUUGGGAGUGAUACAUCGUGAUAUUAAGCCAGAGAACUUAUUACUCACAGCUGAAGGACAUAUUAAAAUAGCCGAUUUUGGGAGUGUGAAGCCUAUGCAAGAUAGUCAAAUUACCGUCCUUCCAAAUGCAGCAUCAGAUGACAAAGCCUGCACAUUUGUGGGAACAGCUGCUUAUGUCCCUCCAGAGGUUCUUAAUUCUUCUCCCGCAACUUUCGGAAAUGACCUCUGGGCACUUGGCUGCACAUUAUACCAAAUGCUUUCUGGAACUUCUCCUUUUAAAGAUGCAAGUGAAUGGCUUAUUUUCCAAAGAAUUAUAGCAAGGGAAAUUCGAUUUCCAGAUUACUUUUCAGAUGAAGCAAGAGACCUUAUUGACAGGCUAUUGGAUUUAGACCCGAGCAGGAGACCAGGGGCAGGACCUGAUGGUUAUGCUAUUUUGAAAAUACAUCCCUUUUUCAAGACAGUUCUCUGGGAUAACUUAAGGGCACAAACUCCUCCAAAACUUGCUCUGGAACCCGGGACUCAAUCGCCUGCUGCCGAUGAUGUUCAGGAGUCAUCAUGGAGUCCUUCUCACAUCGGCGACGGUUCUGCAGCUUCGGCUAAACAGCCUGAUGGCACUACAUCACCUUCAGAGGGAACCGGUUCUAUAACCAGGCUUGCUUCAAUUGAUUCCUUUGAUUCAAAAUGGCAACAAUUUUUGGAUCCCGGGGAAUCUGUUCUUAUGAUCUCCAUGGUGAAGAAAUUACAAAAAAUAACAAGCAAGAAGGUUCAGCUCAUCCUUACCAACAAGCCGAAGUUGAUCUAUGUGGACCCUUCAAAAUUAAUUGUAAAGGGAAAUAUAAUAUGGUCUGAUAAUCCAAAUGAUUUAAGCAUUCAAGUGACUAGUCCUUCACAUUUCAAGAUUUGCACACCUAAAAAGGUUAUGUCUUUUGAGGAUGCUAAGCAAAGAGCAUCUAUAUGGAAAAAGGCAAUUGAAGGACUUCAAAACCGGUGA